AUGCUGUUGCGAAUAGGAUUACCCAAAGCAUGGAGAAUGAUGAGCACAGGGACGCAAAGCUUCAAGUCUGAUAAUAACUUGAUUAAGAAUUUAUUCCUGAAAAAGAUCAAGGAAUACGAGUCCAAGAUGACUAGCAAAGAUGAACUUGUAGAUGCUACACCUGAGACGCAUCGAUCUUUGGAAGACCAAUUGCAACGUUUAGCUAGCAAGUAUCACUUGGAAAGUAAGGAAAUGGUGAAUGAGUUGCCAGUGAAGCAGUUGGAAACUCCUUCUGUUGAAAGUGCCGUAGCAGUGAUGUUCGAAGGAAAAACAGUUAAUGAUAUGAAUAAAGAAUUAGAAAAAGAAAUUCAACAGUACACAGAAAUGCGACGAAAGAAACAAGCCAUGGAAGAAGAAGCGCAGUCGCAUCUUCAAUCUAUCAAGCAGCAACAGUCUACUCCGGAAAAGCCUAAAAAAUAG